UGCAGACCGAGGAGGGAAGCAGGAUUUCGCAGAGAGGGAAGAGAGAGAGAACCUGAUUUUCGCGCCUCUGCUGUUUUCCCACCUCAAUUGGAGACCAUGGUAUUUCUCCCUGACCCCCGAUGGCCCCUGUGAUUGUUCAGAACUUGGAGAACAUCUCACCCACCUUCAUGCAGGACUGGACCCCCCACCUGUCUCCAGAGAAUAUCCCUGCCAGCUGCCAUCCUACCUUGGCCUUUGUAGCACCGCCCUCUGCGUCCCACUCCUCCCUCCGCCUUCCAAGAACCUAUGAAUCUGAGGGCAUGUUCCAGCUCUGGAGCAAUGAGAUGCCACCAGGUUCCCACACGGGCAUGGCUUUGGGGCUGCACAAGAUGUCCUAUCACGGGCAGAUGGCACCCAGCAGUGGCAGCAACGGCCCUGCCCACGAACUGCCGCUGACGCCACCUGCCGAGCCCACCUACUCCUUUGAGCUGUCCUCGGUCAAGAUGCUGGCACCGGCCGUGACGCCCACCUACGCCUUCUCCGAGGCCCAGGAUUUUUCCAGCUUUUUACAAGGCCCUCGGCCUUUGGGCCCCGCUGCUCCUCCAGGCGCCGGCUCUGUCGACGACACUCCUUGGUGGAGCCUGCAGCAGCCGAGCAACUUCUCUCUGGGCCGGUCCCUGGUCCUGAGCCCCCAGCCACCCCUGGCUGCCCUCCUGCAGGGCACGCCGAAAGGGCUGCUGGGCACAGCUCGGCGCUGUCGCCGCUGUAAAUGUCCCAACUGCCAGGCAGCCAGCGGGGCCAACGAGGAGUCGGGCCGGAAGAAGCAACACAUCUGCCACAUGCCAGGCUGCGGCAAGGUGUACGGCAAAACGUCCCACUUGAAGGCCCACCUCCGCUGGCACGCUGGCGAGCGCCCCUUCAUCUGCUCCUGGCUUUACUGUGGGAAGAGCUUCACCCGCUCCGACGAGCUGCAGAGGCACCUCCGGACGCACACGGGCGAGAAGCGCUUUGGCUGCCAGCUGUGCCCCAAGCGGUUCAUGCGAAGCGACCACUUGGCCAAGCAUGUCAAGACCCACCAGGGGAAGCGUGUGAGGGGCGUGGCAGUGAUGGCGGCCAACGUCGGCAUCAAGCAAGAAUAA